AUGUCAUACUGCAUCUACUUGCAAAAAGUCAAGCGGAACUGGAACUGUCUGUUUGAGGGAUACCGCUAUCAGCUGUAUGGAAAUCUGGACCCGAAAGACAUACCAGAUACUAGCCGCGAGGACAUCAACAAUACUGUUGCGGAGAUACAGCCACAGUCACAGUCGCGACCGACCCAGAUCGCGGAAGAAACUGGAAGUGACUUGAAGUACGGCAAUGAUGGCCUCAGUCCGUAUCUUGUUCCAGACUCAGACCCCUCCAACGACUCUGCACGCCCAAACUCGACGAAAUCAGCAAUCGAGGAAUACCCCACCAUACGGCGACUCGCUUGGAUGUCAAUUUGGUCCUACCCAUGUCCUUUCACCUUCGAUUCCUCACUAAGAUCUGGUCGUUCCUCCGCCCGCGCGCUUCCAACCAUCCCUAUUGCGCUUACGCAAGCAACGUUGGUGGAAGGCAUCUUUCUUCGCGAAUAACGAUGGAUUUUGUACAAAAAACAGGAAAUGUACUACGAUGCGUUGAUAUUGAAGAGAAAGGCGAGGUACGAACACGACUGUUUGACGAUGAAGUUCAGUGCGAGGAGAAGCUUCGAAAUCAACAACUGAAAGAUCCUACUCGUUAUUCAUAUUACUUAGUUUCUCUGUAUUCUCGUCUUUUCAUUUGCUUUUGAGCCCUUUCGACUCACUGCGAACCAUAUUUGGUAUUGUACUGGCCAAAGGUUCCCCGUUUGGAGUCCACCCAAGCUCUUCUCGUGCCUUUGAAGCUUUCGUGCGCGCAUUGGUGCCCCAAAGAAUCGAUGCGUGUCCGCUCAGCGAAUCAGCCUCUCCAGCGUCAAUGGUCUCCAGGUCCGACUUCGCAAUUAAAUCUUGUUUGUGCGCUUCUUUUGCAAUCAAUGUACCCAGUUCUUUGAAGCUC